CAGAAUAAAAAUGGCGACAACAAGCAGACACACUAAGCCGCUCUUCUUUCUCGGGCUUCUCUUGGCAUCUAUCCCAGCAUGCAAUGGGCUCCCUGAAGGCAUGUUUUUGGGGAGACCCGCCGCAAGCGUUUUCCUCCAUCGAACCCGUCGAGCAAAUUACUUCUGGGAGGAGCUAAAACAAGGCAACCUGGAGCGGGAAUGUCUUGAAGAGAAAUGCUCAUAUGAGGAAGCUAAGGAAAUUUUUGCCCUGCCGCAGCAACUGGAGGUUUUCUGGAGAAUGUACACGGCCGAGGAUCACUGCCUGUCAUCUCCCUGUAAGAAUGGCGGCACUUGCACUCGCAAGGUCAACACCUUUGUCUGCCAGUGUACGUCUGGAUUCCAUGGCUCGACUUGUGACAAAGCGCGCCUGAUCUCCAACGGAUGUCGCUAUCGGAAUGGAGGAUGUGAACAUUUCUGCAAAGAGUUUCCCAACCGGACGCAUACUUGUUUCUGCGCGACGGGAUACCGUUUGGAUCAGGACAACAGUACCUGUAGUCCCCAAGUCCCCGUCCCAUGUGGACGACCACUGGUCCACUUUGGCCCGAGAGUCGUCAACGGAGAGAUUUGUCCCAAAGGACAUUGUCCCUGGCAGGCUCUCUUGACUGAGAAUCACCAACAAAUCUGCGGUGGCAUCGUUCUAUCCGAUCAGUGGAUACUGACAGCUGCUCACUGCGUGUGGAAGAAACAAAACAGCAUCUUACAUGUCGUCGUGGGCGAGCAUGACCUUGAGACGGAUGAAAAGACGGAACAGAAGCGCAGAGUGUCAAAAGUCCUGAUCCACCGUGGUUAUAACCACUCGAGCUAUGACAGCGACCUGGCCAUGCUGAAGCUCCACCGUCCCAUCAAACUGGGACUCUACGUCGUCCCCAUUUGUCUUCCGGCUAAGAACAGCUCGUUCAUCCGCACGCUGGCGGCCAUCCGACACAACACAGUGUCAGGGUGGGGUCGUCUGUCGCUGCACGGUUCCACGGCAAGAUUGCUCCAGCGCCUGGCACUACCACGGGUCCCGCUGCAGGAGUGUCGCCUGCAUACCAAACUCAACAUCACCCGAAACAUGCUCUGUGCCGGCCUACAAAGGGGAGGCCAGGAUGCAUGCAAGGGUGACAGCGGUGGCCCUCUGGUGACUCGCUACAAGAAAACUUGGUUUUUGAGCGGUGUGGUGAGCUGGGGCAACGGCUGCGCUGACAACAACAUGUACGGCAUUUACACCAAAGUCAGCAACUUCCUCGACUGGAUCCAACAUCAAAUGACCAGAUGGUAAAGCAAGAAGACUGGAAUUUGCCAACUGACAACUUGAUAAUUGCUUUCCACUGGUGACUUUUGUUUCAAUAAACCAAAUAAACAAACAUCUUUUCUCUG